CUAAAAGAACGGAAUAGUAAGAAUUAGAGGGACUUGUGCAAAGUGAAUUGAAAGAAUCACCUACAAGACAAGCACAGCAAGUGAGCCAGCCGUCGACAAGGACCAAAAGCAGUGCGUGUUGUGUUCGAAGAACCUACCAAAUCACACCCUGAAAUACCACUAUGGCAUCGGUACCGGCCGAGGGUCCAAAAACGCAAAGCCUCUGGCAACGGCAGGUUUCUAUGGAAUCAUCUCCGUUGCCGCGUCUGAAUUUGCGCAAGAAAACGAGUUACUUCCUCUUUUCGUUUGUGUUGACCCUGAUCCUGCGGAUAGAUCCCCUCUUUUCCUUCACAGCUGAAUCGAAAACCACCGCGAGGAGCAAGACGACGUCCAUUCUCCCACUGCCGCUGUCUUCAAAAACGAAAUGUGUAUCGAAAGCGAAAUCACCCAUCGGAAGGAGUUUCGGUUUCUCGUGUAUAGACCACCAACACGGUUCAGCCUCUGCGUCGUCGACUUCCUGGCUGUCGAUGACAAAGCGAGCAAGAGGCAACAGGGAUUUUUUCGAUGACGACGAGGAUUUUCAAACCGAUGACUACUACUAUUACCAAGACACAACUGGCGCCGAAGCAGAAGCUGUAGGAGACUAUGCCGGGGUUGACACCGACGACGACUACGAUGACUAUUACAACUCGUCCUCCUACUACGAAGACGACGACAACAAUCGCGAGGAAAUGAACCGUCGUCGCACAGUCGAUUACUACGAUGACGAUAUCGACGAGUAUGGGGACGAACGGACCAACGGUGGCGAAAGUGAUGGUGAUGGCAAUAGCAAUAGUCGAGGUGGAUACUACCAGGUCUCUUUCAACGAAGAGGUGGAUCCCUCCGAGACGGAAAUCGACUGGGAAAUCUGCACCAGCAACAACCGAGACAAAAAAACACCCCAGGCCCUCGUUCUGCUGCCCCCGGCCGCGGUGAAACGCCCCAAGGCCAUCGUUCACUUUGUGGGCGGGACCGUCUUCGGGAGCAACCCCAAGCUGUGGUACCGGGGCCUCCUGGAGUCCAUCGUCCGCAGCACCUCGGUGGCCAUCGUGGUCACGCCGAUCCCCGUGACCCUCUUCCAGAAUCCCCUCCAGCACGUGCGCUUGUCCCUGGCCCUGAGGUCGUCCUUUCGCAACGCCUGGCAGAUGGUGCUGGAAGACGAGUACGGCCCGGAGGCCCUCGAAGGGAUCCCCCUGUGCGGAUUGGGCCACUCGCUCGGGGCGCGGUUGCUGACGGUGAUGACUACGCUCGACCAGAACGAGCCGUUGUUCGAGGAAGAGUCAACCCGAUCGUCCGUAGUGAUUCCACCCUACAAAUCGCUAUGCCUCGUGAGUUUUACCAACUACGGUGCCAAGGUUGGGAUUCCAGGAGUCGGGGCCCUUCUCAAACAAUCCAAGAAACGAGAAGCCUAUAACAACAACAACAACAAUCGGUCACCGCGGUCUCGCCGUGGUCGAUCGAGCAACAACGGACGACGCAACAAGAAUCGAUACGAUGAUUUCUAUGACGACGAAGAAGCCUUAGACGAAGAAUGGGCGGAGAUGGUGGAAGACUUUCAGGAAACAUUCAGCGCCCAGAAGAACCGCAUCCAAACGGCCCUGACCCCCAAUUCAAAAGACCUGGAGUUUCUCCCGACCCCGGACCAGCUGUGGAAGGCUUUGGCGGAAGACGACCGCUACAGGGUCAACACCACGCUGGUGGUCCAGUUCGAUGACGAUCCCAUCGACCAGGGGAGCAAGCUGGCCACCCUCCUGCACUCGACGAAUUCGAGCGACGUUCGCUUUGCCCGCCUCCGGGGGAACCACCUGACCCCCGUGAGUGCUUACGGGGAGGGGAGCCAGGCCUCGGAAAGCUCGGCGAGUGCCGCGGCCCCACUCCGGCCGCGGCGACGAGACGCUGCCCUUCAAUCGCUCCUGGAAACGGCCUUCAAGGGGACCCAGAAGAACCGCCGGGACAAGGUGGCCCUGCGGGAUUUGCGACUGAGUCUCGUGUCCUACAUCACCGAUGUGGUGGCAAAAUAAAAUGCAGAACAUGAAUGUCCAUAUGUAAAUGUAUUGUACAGCGUAGAAUACGCUUGCCCUCCAUGCAUUGCAAUCCUCUGCACACGACGGAAAUGGCAGUGUCCGCAUUCAUGCGCAACGAAAGCGGAGGAAAGCAAAGCAAAUUGACAAAAAAGACGAGGCACGGCAUCUAUCCCACCGCUGUUUGCAGAAUGUCUAGUGAAUACAUACACUGGAGACAC